UUGGAAUGGGACUAACAGGCUUUGGAGUGUUUUUCCUUUUCUUUGGAAUGAUACUGUUCUUUGACAAAGCUCUUUUGGCCAUUGGAAAUGUUUUGUUUGUGGCUGGCUUGUCUUUUGUUAUUGGAUUAGAAAGAACAUUUAGAUUCUUCUUUCAAAAACACAAAAUGAAAGCAACAGCCUUUUUCCUGGGUGGUGUGCUCAUAGUUCUCAUUGGUUGGCCUUUUAUAGGAAUGAUCCUUGAAAUUUAUGGGUUCUUCCUAUUAUUCAGGGGGUUCUUUCCUGUGGUGGUUGGCUUUAUUAGAAGAGUUCCAGUUCUCGGAUAUGUCUUGAAUUUACCUGGUAUAAGCUCGCUUGUAGAUAAAGUUGGAGAGAGCAACAACAUGGUAUAAUGACGAGAGGGCAGAAGACUGGUUCUAAACUUACUGUAUUAUUUAUAAAAUCCUUUUGAAGAAUCCUCAGCACAAAGAUUAAGUUGUGUACAAAGGAAAAAAAAAAAAAGCUUGUUACAUUCUUUACAUAACAGUUUAAUUUAAAAUGUAUAGUCGACAAUAUACAUUAGAAGAGAAGCUCAGCAAGUGUGCUUCUAGGAAAGUAACUCCAGAGUUCAGGAAGGAAACUGAAGAGGUGAAAGUCAUGGAAUAACCCAUGUUACAGCUGUUCAAGACUAUUUUUUGUUGGUUUUGGAAAACAUGCUAGAGGCAGCGAACCCUUGUGGAAUUAACGGUGCCUGUGCUUUACCUCCUUAUUUUGAAGGUGCAGUAGAGCACACAGGCCUACAUUUUUAAGGGUGACCCAAACCUGUCCAACCCUCUGCUUGCUAUCCUCAGAGUGCAAAAAAUCCAACAGGAAACUUCUUGUGUAACAAGAGAUGCGUCUUUGCAUGAAGGUUAAGAUGACUAUUCAUCUAGAAGUGUAUUAUGACAAUAAAAAGGAAACCCUACACAGUUCUGUUUGUAAACAUUUUUGUAAAUAUGUGGCUGAAAUAAAACAUUGUUAUCUUAAUGUUUCAAAGCCAAAUGUUAGCUGAUUGUAUUUGCCUUCCGUUUCGGAAUAUGCAAAAGGUCAAUCUUUAAUAACUUCAGUCUUAACGUAUGGAGCUCAACAGGGAACUCUGGAAACUCCUUCCAGGUGGUUCUCCUUGAGUCAUGUUACAUGUGCAUCCAGAUGAGAAUGUAGCCCUUUGUCACUAACAUGAAAACUCUGUGAAAUAUGCUUAGUUCACAAAAAAAAAAUGCAUUAGGAUGAGGUGCUGAAGUGAACCCUGUGAAAUGUAACUUAGGAGAAUUUGGACCUUUGUUUUUAAAGAGUUUGAAACUAAGGUUUCUUUGUUUACUCUGGAACUACAAAUUGACUUAUUUUUUACUGUAAUAAAACGAAAACUCAAA